UGUCGAAGGCAGCUGGCACCUGCCAGAGUCCCGCAGAAAGCAGGGGGUGUUCGAAUCAUUGUGAAGAAAGUGAGCAGAAUUUUUAGACAAGUCUCGGUGGUGGUCAGAUUAGGACGCGGGAGAGUCGGACCGCGGGGUGAGCUUCUGCUUCAUCUCCGCGCUAACCGCCAAAGGCUCCGACACAAUAAAAGGAAAAAAUAAAAAUAAAAGAGAGCACACUGCCUCUCAAAGCUCUCUCUUUCCGUUUCUCUUCGCUUCUUCUUGUAUUGGAGAGGCGUUGGGAGGCAAUUUGUAGGGAUGCAGAGGACACAGGAUCAGCGGUUGAGAUCUGCCAAGCCAACCACCAUUCAUGGCUACGCCCAGUUCGGGGACCUUCUUGGGUUUCAGAGGCUACUCCGAGGGAACCCGUCGCUUCUCAACGAAAGAAACCCCGUCAUGGCACAGACGCCUCUUCAUGUUUCUGCUGGUUACAACAGUGCUGAGAUAGUUAAAUUUCUUCUUGAUUGGCAAGGGCCAGAUAAGGUUGAGUUGGAAGCCAAGAACAUGUAUGGAGAAACUCCAUUGCACAUGGCAGCAAAGAAUGGGUGCAGUGAUGCUGCAAGAUUGCUUCUUGCUCAUGGUGCUUUUGUUGAAGCAAAUGCAAAUAAUGGAAUGACGCCAUUACAUCUUGCUGUUUGGUACUCACUUCGAGCUGAAGACUGCUCAACUGUCAAGACAUUGCUCGAGUACAAUGCUGAUUGCAGUGCUAAGGAUAAUGAGGGCAUGACUCCUCUAAAUCAUCUUUCACAAGGCCCAGGAAGUGAAAAGUUGCGGGAACUAUUGCACUGGCAUCUUGAAGAGCAGCGAAAGAGAAGAGCAAUUGAAGCGUGCAGCGAAACUAAAGCCAAGAUGAAUGAACUUGAAAAUGAAAUAUCAAAAGUAGUAGGUUUGCAUGAGCUGAAGACACAACUACGAAAGUGGGCAAAGGGAAUGCUUUUGGAUGAGAGGCGUAGGGCUCUUGGGCUGAAAGUUGGCACCAGAAGACCCCCACAUAUGGCGUUCCUUGGCAAUCCCGGAACAGGUAAGACUAUGGUAGCUCGAAUCCUUGGAAGAUUACUCCAUAUGGUGGGAAUUUUACCGACUGACAAGGUAACAGAAGUACAGCGGACUGAUUUGGUUGGAGAGUUUGUUGGUCAUACUGGGCCGAAAACUAGGAGGAAGAUUAAAGAUGCAGAAGGAGGAAUUCUUUUUGUGGAUGAAGCAUAUCGACUGAUACCUAUGCAGAAGGCUGACGAUAAGGACUAUGGAUUGGAGGCCUUAGAAGAGAUUAUGUCCGUCAUGGACAGUGGAAAAGUUGUGGUCAUAUUUGCUGGGUACAGUGAACCAAUGAAGCGUGUGAUUGCUUCUAACGAAGGCUUCUGCAGACGGGUGACCAAGUUUUUCUAUUUUAAUGACUUCAGUUCAGAAGAACUAGCCAAGAUUCUCCAUAUCAAGAUGAAUAAUCAAGUAGAGGAUAGCUUGUUGUAUGGAUUUAAGUUACACCCUUCUUGCACUGAAGAAGCUGUGGCAGCAAUGAUACAGAGAGAAACAACAGAAAAGCUGCGUAAGGAGAUGAAUGGUGGUUUAGUGGAUCCAAUGCUAGUUAAUGCUAGAGAGUAUUUGGACCUUAGGCUCAGUUUUGACUGUAUAGACACAGAUGAACUUCGUACUAUUACCCUUGAGGAUUUAGAAGCAGGUCUACGGCUGUUUUCACAAUGAGAUAGGUAUUGGGUAACCUUAGUCCUUAGACAAGAAAAACUCAGCAUCAUGUUCUUGGCAUCUUGACAUGAUUUCUUCAAAUUAAAUCAGAAAGAUUUAUAUCAUAUGCCUUUCACCGUCUCUGCAACUCUUAAGGAUGAGUUGCAUUUACUGCCAAAGAUUCAGAAGCAGGAGGCAUCAGUAGUAUCACCAUCUGGCAGGCCUAUUUCCAAUGAAUUUUUUUAUACCUUUGGUCUUUGUAAUUGAGAAUUUCACAGUUUAUGUCAAUGGCGCUUGGGAUCUUUUCUGGGUGGGGUUCUAUUAAAUUCAUUGUUUUGAUUUAUUGACAUGUGGUCAGCAAUAAACUUCUUUUACAGUAUGAGAUUUUUGUUGUCAUUCGAUGGAUA